GCGUAUUUUCAUCGGAAUCCCGGUCGAGGCUUGAUAUUUUCCCGUAGGCUAGGUUUCAGCCCUCAGUCCUCUGGCGUCGGUGGAGGAAAAUUCAUACUUCAGCCGCGUCGACGCCGGCUACACAUUUUUGUGAGGAAUGAUUAAGUAACCAUUGGUUAGCGACGCGUUUUUUUAAACGUCGUACUGGAACUGUUUUUGUUUUGCGUUAAUUGAGUGGUGACGUCUCAUUUACAUUUAUUUAUUUUUCUUUUUGUUUUGAGAGCUUCAUAACUGACGAUUAGUGGUUCUGAGAGUGAAGUUGAUCCGUUGGCUUGCGAGCUUCCGAAGGAGCCGUGGUAUUUUUCAAACGGCGUUCAGGCAUGGUUUGAAAAAGUGAGGGUACCGCAAUCGCGCGAAUGGUGUUCAGCAAUGGGGGGGCCGCGGCGCAUGUCCAGUGCGCUGCUGCUGCCCUUCGCCCUGCUGUCCUUGCCUGCAGCAGACGCGACCAACACCACCACAUACAGGGACGAACUGGAGUCGUCACUGCGCCUAGUCCAUGCAGUCGCGAGUGGGGCCACGGGUGCUCUUUGUGUGACCCAACGGUACGGGAGACUUCUCUCUCCCCUUCACGUGGCUCGGUGGGACUCUGUCAGGGCGAGGGCAGAUUUGGCCGCGAAUAUCCUGCACCAACUGGGACUGGAAAAUGCUGAUUUCCUGACAGCAGUUUCUCAAGGUCUAGUGAUGGGGGCAACGCUGCCAGAACGCGCGGUUGGAGCUCGAGCUGUGGCCUUGCGUUCUGAUGGUGUUGUGAACAGUGCAGUCGCCUGGCAGAGAUAUGGGACAGCUGACCCUGUUGUCUCCGCCUCGCCGCCUUUGGAGGAACAACCUAACCCAGAGUACCCUUGGUACGAGUCAGUCCACAACAGCAAGACUCUCAGAUCGACCAAGUUCAUGCCCCCGCGGCCUGGUGCUACCAUGGAGGGCUGGUGGACUUACCCGUAUUAUAACUGCGAGGCGAAACGUUGGUUGUUGUCGUACACUGUGCCUGUCCCUACUAUACGAGGCCUGAAAGGCAUCGUUUCGCUUGACAUAGACAUAUCUAGCCUGGAGAUCAACCAGUGUGAGGGGGCUGCCGACGACGACACAGAUAACCAAAUUUAUUCUUUCCACGGCACACACAAGUGCCCUAAUGAGACUACUUACUGCGAAUACAAACCCAAUAGGGAAGUGAGCGCACGACAUUCAGGAUGGGCACGUGGAUUAUACAUUUGCAGGUGUCGCCCUGGAUAUUACUCGAUGAAUCAUCCAGAAGGAUUUAACGGAUCUUUAGUUGAAGUUGCCUACCAGGAAUAUCAAGAAAAUCGCUUAGAAAAUUGGAGUGAACCAUAUGAAUGUCUGAAAUGCCAACCUGGUUGCGAAACAUGUCGGGGUCCAGAGCCCUGCCUGGCUACUUACAACUGGCCUUUCCGGAUAUCCCUCCUGGUAAUAUCAGUGAGCUGCGCAGUGAUGACUGUACUGUUGACCAUUUACACACGCCACCAUCGCCGAGUGAAAGUGUUCCGGGUGGCCAGCCCUGUCUUCCUGUCUAUUACACUGCUUGGUUGUGCUAUUAUGUAUAUGGAGAUGGCAGCUAUAUUCCCAGUGCUAGAUAGAUAUUCAUGUAUAGCCACAAAAUGGACUCGCCACUUGGGAUUCUGUAUAACAUACACUGCCCUGCUUAUGAAAACAUGGAGAGUAUCUCUAACAUACCGUGUGAAGUCAGCCCACAAGUUGAAGCUGACAGACAAGCAGCUGUUGCAGUGGAUGGCCCCAAUCCUGCUCAUCAUGCUGGUCUAUUUAGGAACGUGGACUUUGUCCGCGCCGCCUGAUGCUGAAGUUAUUAAAGACAAUAAAGGACUGAAGUUCAAACAGUGCACAUAUAACUGGUGGGAUCACAGUUUAGCUAUAGGUGAGAUUCUGUUCCUGCUGUGGGGCGUGCGCGUGUGCUACCGCGUGCGGCACGCGGAGAGUCUCUACAACGAGGCGCGGCUCAUCUCCAUUGCCAUCUACAACAUCUUCACCGUCAACUCCCUCAUGAUUGCCUUCCAUUUACUCAUCCUACCCCAGGCCGGACCCGACAUAAAAUAUCUCCUAGGAUUUAUAAGAACGCAGUUAUCAACAUCCACAACCGUUCUACUGGUAUUCUUACCAAAGGUGCUGCGAGUGGUGCGCGGCACGGGGGACACGUGGGACAGCCGCGCGCGCGCGCGAGGCGUGCCCGCGUCGUCGUCGCUCAACGGGCUCGGCCUCGGCCUCGUGCCCGACGAGCCCGACCUCGCGCAGGAGAACGAGGAGCUCAAGGAGGAAAUUCAAAAGCUGGCGGCUCAGAUAGAGUUCAUGAAGAUAGUACAAAUGGAGAUGCACAACCGUCACCUGCGCCCUCGAGUCGGCAGUUACUUCACGGCUAACGUCAACACUAACGCUAAGCAGAGUCCCAUGCAUACCAACGCUGUCAACAUUACUCAGUCGCUGGAGAGCUCGGAGUGGGCGGGGCCGGUGUGACUGGUGGCGCUGAGCGACAGCGGCUGGCUGUGGCCCUCCGCGCGGCCCGCCGCUAGAUCCGUGCGGACGCUGCCGGACUCGCGACCCCCGGCCUUCGUAUGAUCAUCACCAUCGCCACUAUACAAUACUUGGAAUAGAUAAUUAUUUCUUAGCUCUUUCUCAGUUUGAAGUGUUUGAAGAUUCAGCCACCAGAUUAACUCCAAAAAAUAGAAUAACUAGUACAAAGUAACUCAAUUGCCGGAGAUGUAAUUUAGUUGUCGAUUGUUUAUUUUCAAGUUUAUGUUAUAGAAUAGUUUAAGUUAUAGAAUAUAAAUAAUGUAUUUACUUUCUGAAAUUGUAUAUUAUAUAGAUACUAGUUAAUGAAAAUGUAAUACUCAAACAAGUAGAGGCUGAACAGUAGAAUUCGCGCUUCAACAGAUCUUGAUUUGACUGAAAUUCAUUAAAGUCUAGGGGUAUUUAUAUAUUAGGAAUACAUUUGGUGUACGCAAGUACGUAGUUGUUAUUGAAUUACGAAGCCUGUGUUUAGGUCAUGUGUGAAACUGAACAUUAGAGCAUGCUUGCAGCUAACUGAUAUGAAUAGAGCUCAAUGAUAUUGUAAUUAAAUUUUACAUACUCUUUGGAAUGGACGUAGAAUUUUAUAAUCACAAUAAUUGAUAUGUUAUGUAUUUAAGUAUGAUGUAUUGUAAGUAAAUAUGUAUGUAUUGUAUAGUGAUUUAUUUUCUAAUCAUAUAUUUAUGUAGAUAAGUCAUGUAUCUUUAAUUUGGUGGAAUUAAAACAUGUUACUACUUUAAUUCUAGUCAGUCAAAAAUUGUUUUUGAUACUUGUAUGUUUUAAACUUUCGCGUUUCAAUAUUAUAUAUACGGGUAUCAAAUGUGCACAUUCCUUUUUUAUACUUCUGACGUUUCUGGUCGUGUUACACGACCCGAUCAUAGCAUAGUUAUUGAUAAGUAAUUGAUGCUCUGUAUAUCUAGAGCUGACAAUAAGAAAUUAUAAUUUAAGAAGGCUCAUACAAAAUGAAGAACUCGUUUAAAAGUUUAAAAUUAUGUUUAUUAACUAAAAAUUACAUACAAAAGGAUUAACUUUCACAGAAGUGUGUUUUAAAAUAGAUCAUUAAUGAUAAUAAUGAUCAUUAUUAAUCUCUAGUUUAGGCGAAACUUUAAUGAUUGUAAAUAUGAAUCGUAAAGCAUAAAUUCUAAAGUGAUGUACAUAAACUCAUUAGUAUUUUUUUUUACUUUAUUUCUCGUCUGUGAUAAUGGAUACAGUAUUUAUCAAAUUAUAGUUGUAAAUGUUGAAUAAAAUAGCUGUUUGCAUGUAUUUACAUACAAAUAAUAAUACACCAAUGGACAAAAAUUGCAUGGAUGGACGCACAACUUUUUUUUUUUCCUAUUGGUAUAUAGAAGAUUAGGCAUUAAUUCUAAUAAAGAAUAAAGAGGUUUCAUCGGCGAAAACAAUGAGCAUGAUUCCUUACAAUUUUAGAGUUUAUUAUUAAAGAGAAGCUACUGCAAGUAGCAAGCACGCGGACUCUUCAGUUGUCAACUUUUUUAGUAAAAUUCUCAUCAUAUCUUAUAUUCCUAUACUAUCAUAGCAUUCCAAUGCUAACACUCCAGUGUUAGCUUCAACUAAUGUUGGCUCCACAUUAUCGACAAACAGUUCGCCAAAUUAGCGGUUUCUGUGUACAUUGUUGGGUUUUCAUUGCGGUAAAUAACUACGCAAUAUUAGUACAUUCGUGUCGGCGUCGAGUUCGGCGAUAGUGUAUAGCCGGCAUUACUUGUUUGGCUUAGUUGAGUCUCAAUUAGAUUAGGUAGGAUAUACAUUUUUUCUCUCUCUCAAUAAUUUUGAAACAAUUUUCAUAUCUAGAUUCUAGAUCUAAAUUUAAUUAGGGUGAGCAAUUUUUUCAAAUCUAUUUAAUUUAAUAGUAAAUGUUUUCUUUCAAAUACUUUUUCAUUUUGUCAGAACUAUUAUUAUUAUUGGUAAAUAGACAAUUAGGAAUAUCAUAUGAGUUACAUACAUUAAACCUGAAUGUUGUUGUUGUAUUCAAAUCCUAGUUUUGUAGAGCCAAGCUCAUAUUUCAUUGUAGCAUAAGUCAUAAAUGUGAUACCAAAUAACUAGUUAAGUAUGUAUAAUGUAUUAGUAACUGAAACAGAAUUCUAUUUAUUUGAAUAAACUUUGAAAAAUUUUUUUAAUAUGUAGAAUUAUUAUGCCAAGUUGUAACUUUUUGAAGUGAAUUCUUAGGAAUCACAAUUUUAUCAAUUUUGUAUAUUUUUUUGGAUAUGUAAAAUGUACUUAUAGCAUAAACUGAGUGUUAAAAUAUAGAAUUGGUGUAACAUUGUUAUUAUCGUCAAAACUUGGUUAUAGAUAGAUGAAUUAUAUUAAGAGUUUUUGUUUUUACAUUAAAAUAAAACUGACUGUUCUGAAUGUUUCAUUGAUUUGUUUAUUUUAUAUGUGGAUUUGAUAGCAUUUCUAACAGCCUUGAAAGAUAUUUGAUUUCAUGCCAGCCCAUAUGACAUUAUUUUUUAAAUUAUGUAAUAACUGCAGCUCUUAAUAAUACCUAUACAAGUACAACUCAAUCAAAUCAUUUAUUUUCAUUACACACUCUCACAAAAUUGGUAACACAGUAUCUACCAACCUUUAGUGCUCAGCACUUGGAUAGACCACAUACAAGAUUUUCCAAACAUUUAAAAUAUUACAAACAUUUUAUAUGCAUAUAAACAAAACUCUUAAUAAAGCCGCAGAGUUUAUUUUGUAAUGUGUUACAAGUACAUACCAGUUUUUUUUAACACUUAAAAAUUAUGGCCACAAUCACAAACAACCUUUACACUAUAAGGAAUCUCAAAUAAUUUAUAGAUGAAGCUAAGUAGAAGCAUAGCUAGUUAAAACAAAAAAUAAUUGUUAGUAUGAGAUUCAUCAGUCCCGAAACAGGAUUUCUGAUCUCUUAACCUGUUCUUUGGGAAGUUGUAUGAAAAUUGGCACUUAUAUUUACAGAAAUCAUAAAACUU